AUGGACUUUUUCAACACCAGUACCUACCAACCUUUUCUUCUGACCGGCUUCCCAGGUUUGGAGAGCUCACACAAAGUGAUUUCCAUUUUGUUCUGUGCCCUGUACAUCAUUGCCCUGAUGGGUAACAGCACCAUCAUCGUGGUUAUUUGGGUGGAGCCAUCACUUCAUACUCCCAUGUACUUUUUUCUCUCUAUGCUGGCUGCCAGUGACCUGGGUCUCUGUGCUACCACCCUUCCCACUUUGCUUGGGCUCUUUUGGUUCAAUGUGCGUGAGAUAAAUUUUGAUGCCUGCCUGGUCCAGAUGUUCUUCAUUCAUGUUUUCUCAUUAAUGGAAUCAGGCAUCUUACUCACCAUGGCUUUUGAUCGUUAUGUGGCCAUCUCCAACCCACUCAGAUACAGUGCUAUUUUGACCAAUGCCACGAUUGCCAAGAUAGGGGUUGGGCUUUUGCUUAGGGCUGUGGCUGUUAUAUUGCCAGGCCCUUUCCUCAUUAAGAGACUGAGGUUUUGUGAGGCCAAUGUGCUCUCCCACUCCUACUGCCUCCAUCCAGACAUCAUCAAGCUCUCCUGUUCUGACCAUCGUAUCAAUAGCAUUUACGGCCUCAUCAUCAUUCUCAUCACCUUUGGAAUGGAUUCUGCGCUUAUCCUGCUGUCUUAUUUGAAGAUCUUGAUCACAGUCCUAGGCAUUGCCUCCCGCAUAGAACAGUUCAAGGCACUCAACACUUGUGUCUCCCACAUCUGUGCGGUGCUGCUGGUCUAUGUUCCUAUGCUGGGUGUGUCAAUUAUCCAUCGCUUUGGGAAACAUGUUCCCUCGGUCGUGCACAUUAUCAUGGGCUUUGUAUACCUGCUGGUCCCUCCUGUCCUCAACCCUGUCGUAUACUGCAUUAAAACCCAGGAAAUACGUACUCGCAUUCUGGGAAAUCUGAUGAAAUCUUAG